UGUCAUCGGUCAGCGCACACAAGCCAGUCCACGAGCGAAACAUUCCGAAAAAAACCCACCAGACAAGGCAAAUAAACUCGAUUCUGGAAACCUGAAAGCCAUUUAUUAUCAUCUGUCCGCCGGUACGUGGUGCAGCAUGUUUUAUGCUGAUACCAGGGUUCUUAUGGUCAUGGAAAAACUGGAAAUAUCAGGGAAUUUUAAAAUGAUGAUGUUCUGGUCUUCACCUUCUCAUGUUUCAAGUCAUUAAUGAAGAUGAUACUGAAAUUUUGGUGAUCAUGUCCACUGAAGAACUGCUGUCUGUAGAUUAUGAGGUGUAUGGGAGGGUGCAGGGGGUGUUCUUUCGAAAAUACACACAGUCAGAGGGGAAGAAACUGGGUGUGGUAGGCUGGGUGCAGAACACCGACGCUGGGACGGUUCAGGGGCAGCUCCAGGGUCCCGCCUCUAAAGUCCAACAGAUGCAGCAGUGGCUUCAAACCACUGGCAGCCCCCAGUCACGAAUCGCCAAAGCCGAGUUCAAGAACGAGUGCACCAUUGACAAACUGGGUUUUAAGGAUUUCAAAGUUGUUCGUUAAUGAAAAUAACCAAUCAAUCAGUAUUUAUUUCAAUAGAUAUUUAUUUUAGUGUUUAAAAAUCUUGAAUUAUUUGCCUGCCAUCUGUUACUGAUAUAAAUAACAUGAAAAAUAAUGCCUGUUCAGUAGAAAACCUCACUCCUGAAACUUUGUUUUCACAAAUAUGGUAGCUAUAUUGACAUUAAACAUCACAUGCUCCCAUUCUACGUUGUUUGUAAAGUACAUAACAGCUACUGUAAUCAUUUUGUUUUGUGAAAAAUAUUUGAGAAUCAAGGCAAAUAUUAUUCCAUUUUUGUACAGACAUUGUACAAAGAGUUGCACAGACGAUAUUGCCAUUAAAUAAUAAGUCGCAAGAAACAGUAAUGAAAAUAUUCUCUUGACAUGCUUUCUCUUAAAGUUCCAUAAUCUUUGAGGAAUGAAUAUGAAUAUAUAUAUAUAUAACAUUUAUAUUUAUAUAUAUAAAUACACACACACAGUUGAAGUCAGAAGUUUACAUACGCCUUAGCCAAAUACAUCUAAACUCAUUUUUUCACAAUUCCUGACAUUAAAUCGUAGAAAAUAUUCCCUGUCUUAGGUCAGUUAGGAUUACUUCUUUAUUUUAAGAAUGUGAAAUGUCAGAAUAAUAGUAGAGAGAAUGAUUUACUUCAGCUUUUAUUUCUUUCAUCACAUUCCCAGUGGGUCAGAAGUUUACAUACACUUUGUUAGUAUUUGGUAGCAUUGCCUUUAAAUUGUUUAACUUGGGUCAAAUGUUUUGGGGAGCCUUCCACAAGCAUCUCACAAUAAGUUGCUGGAAUUUUGUCCCAUUCCUCCAGACAGAACUGGUGCAACUGAGUCAGGUUUGUAGACCUCCUUGCUCGCACACGCUUUUUCAGUUCUGCCCACAAAUUUUCUAUCGGAUUGAGGUCAGGGCUUUAUGAUGGCCACUCCAGUACCUUGACUUUGUUGUCAGUAAGCCAUUUUGCCGCAAAUUUGGAGGUAUGCUUGGGGUCAUUGUCCAUUUGGAAGACUCAUUUCUGACUGAGCUUUAACUUCCUGGCUGAUGUCUUGAGAUGUUGCCUCAAUAUAUCCACAUAAUUUUCCUUCCUCAUGAUGCCAUCUAUUUUGUGAAGUACACCAGUCCCUCCUGCAGCAAAGCACCUCCACAACAUGAUGCUGCCACCCCCAUGCUUCACGGUUGGGAUGGUGUUCUUCGGCUUGCAAGCCUCACCCUUUUUUCCUCCAAACAUAACAAUGGGCAUUAUGGCCAAACAGUUCAAUUUAUGUUUCAUCAGACCAGAGGACAUUUCUCCAGAAAGUAAGAUCUUUGUCCCCAUGUGCACUUGCAAACUGUAGUCUGGCUUUCUUAUGGCGGUUUUGGAGCAGUGGCUUCUUCCUUGCUGAGCAGCCUUUCAGGUUAUGUUGAUAUUGGACUCAUUUUACUGUGGAUAUAGAUACCUGUUUCCUCCAGCAUCUUCACAAGGUUCUUUGCUAUUGUUCUGAGAUUGAUUUGCACUUUUCGCACCAAACUACGUUCAUCUCUAGGAGACAGAAUGCGUCUCCUUCCUGAGCGGUAUGUUGACUGCAUGGUCCCAUGGUGUUUAUACUGGCGUACUAUUGAUUGUACAGAUGAACGUGGUGCCUUCAGGCAUUUGGAAAUUGCUCCCAAGGAUGAUCCAUUUUUUAUGAGGUCUUGGUUGAUUUAUUUAGAUUUUCCCAUGAUGUCAAGCAAAGAGGCACUGAGUUUGAAGGUAGACCUUAAAAUACAUCCACAGGUACAUCUCCAAGUGACUCCAGAAGCUAAAUGGCUAAUUGUCUAAAGGCUUGACAUAAUUUUCUGGAAUUUUCCAAGCUGCUUAAAGGCACCGUUAACUUAGUGUAUGUAAACUUCUGACCCACUGGAAUUGUGAUAUAGUCAAUUUAAAAGUGAAACAAUCUGUUUGUAAACAGUUGUUGGAAAAAUUACUCAUGUCAUGCACAAAGUAGAUCUUGUCAUUGUCAAAACUAUAGUUUGCUAAUAUUAAAUCUGUGGAGUGGUUAAAAAAUUAGUUUUAAUGACUUCAACCUAAGUGUAUGUAAUCUGAUUUCAACUGUAUAUACAUACACUAUAUAUAUUCAAUAAUAUUGGUUUGGAUGGCUUAAACAAUCCUUAGUUUCUUGAUGAAACUAACAAUGAUGAAAUGUAUUGAUCGCUAAGUAGGAGUACAGUAAAGCUCAGCACAAAUUAGCCAGAAGUCAAACGAAAAUGUCAAAUUGAUGUAUAACCAAUGUUAAGGAUUUUGUCUGCUGGUCCAGUCAAUCAAAUAGUUCAGAUUUGUACUUGUCCUGCCAACAUUUUUUGUGACCCCACUAAAAAUCACAGUUUAUGUCACAAUUUUGACCAAAACAUCUGUGUUAGCCAUUUAGAAAAUGUUACCAUGAUGACAUUUGAUUUGUUCAUGUAUCGAACAAUGUUUAAUACAUGAAUGCAAACCAAAUGCUUUAACUUGCAAGACAAAAAAAUAAAUAAAUGUGCAUGAUAAAUAUAGACGUAAUUGGAUGUAGUAACAACACAGCAGUAGCCCGAUAUGGAAAGUGAAGUUUCUGACCGAAAACUCUCACAUUGGCCAUCAGGCCAUCCUUACUAUUGGGCCAUUACUGAAUUUUCCAUUCCACUUUAUUCAUAUAGACUCACUGAACAGAUUUCACACUGGUCCUGUAGUUUCUUCAGUUCAUCGGCUUUGAUUUGACCAGUUUUGUAAAAUUUAAUUGUUAUAUUUUGAAAUAGAAAUUUUUAUAAGGAUUAUCUGUUUUUAUUAUUUUUUUAUUAAAUAAUAAUAACAAUAAUAAUAAAAACUAC